GAGGAACACGCACCUCGACGGCGACGUUUUCAGCAUGCUACAACACAACGAUAGCCAUCGUGAUAUUAUGGAAAAUAAGAGACAUCAUUGGAUGCACAUAGGUUACGAAGUACACGGAACGCCUAGCUGUAGCUGAAAGCACAAAAAGCCGAAUGACCUAAAAGACCGAAAUCACCGAUCACACACCUCGACCCUCUUGCAUCACACGCCUUCAUCUGUCGCCUUUGCCAGCCGGUCACAUACUAAACAACUCCUGCACAUGAGAUGACUGAUCAGCUUCCGAGCGUAUCACAAGCGCUUAACGAUAGCGAAGGCCUGGCCAAACGUAUCCGAAGGCCUGCAUUAUCGUGCGUCGAGUGCCGUAUGCGCAAAGUCAAAUGUGAUCGCAAUAAGCCUUGUGGGGCAUGUAUCAGGACAAAGUCAGAGAAGUGUACCUACAGGCCAGCUCGAGCUGCUACCCGACGGACAGAGCAAUUGCCCGAGGCUGCAGGAAGUACAACUGCACUCGAUAGGUCAGGCCCAAUUGGCGAGCAUCAAGCGCCCGAACCGACGUCUAUGCCCUCUGAGAGGUCGGCAUCAGACUUGAGCUCGCAUUCAGCUGCUCGGGCAUCCUCGUUCAUGACCGUUCUGCUGACGGAAAAUGAACGUCCCCUUCCAGUCACCGACCAGGGUGGGGUCCUUGAAGAGGACACUCGACCGAUCGCGGACAUCGUUACCGAUAUUCCUGGCACGUUUCAGAAGUCGAAAUUCUUCGGCCAAAGCCACUGGAUGAACGCGUUAGAGCCUUAUGGAGCUUUAGGCGACGCGAACACCAUCGUGAACCCAGCUACAGACCGCGUAGAGGUCAAAAAGUCAACAGAGCUCUAUAAAACUGUCAAAGAGCUCAAGACCAUGGCCCGUAUUCUGAAGACUGCCCGUAUGCUAUUGCCUGCUAUUGCGCCAGAAGCUCUGGGCUCGCUUCCUUGCAAGGCCAUCUGCGACAUACUUGUAGACGGUUACCUUCGCACCUUCGAAGGCGCUCUUCGGGUACUACACAUACCAUCCUUCCGCAAAGAGUACGAUGAUUAUUGGUCAGGUAGAGCUCAGAGCAAGCCAUCCGUUCAACUCAAAAUCAUGCUUGUUUGUGCGAUAGGAGUUCCCUUCUAUACAGGUGUCGAUCAACCACGAUUCCGAACCAGCUGUGCCAAGUGGAUACAAGCCGCGGAGAACUGGCUGGCUGCACCACAUGCAAAGUCGAGACUCAACAUGGCCGGCUUACAGAUUCAGGUGCUGGUUCUGCUUGCAAAGCAAGUAUGUAAUGUCGAGGGUGAUCACGUUUGGAUUACUGCAGGCUCGCUUCUCAGAACUGCUAUGUACCUUGGGCUUCAUAGAGAUCCAUCGUACUUUGGCAAGAUCAACACGUUCCACGCGGAGAUGCGCAGGAGGCUAUGGGCAACCGUUCUGGAGCUUGAAGUGCAGAGCAGCCUGGACAUGGGCAUGCCGCCUCUGAUAUCAGUACAUGACUUCGACACAAAUCCACCUUCCAAUGUCGACGAUGAGGAUCUGUAUGAACAAGAAGACUCGCCGCUCAACAUCAAACCACUUGAGAUGUGUACAGAUUGUAGUCUGCAGAUCGCCUUCGCACAGUCUUUACCUGAACGACUCGAGAUUGUCCGCCUCAUCAACGACAUACGCUUCGACUUGCCCUACUCCAAAUGUCUCCAGCUAGGGAAGACACUAACAGAGCUGUGCGAUUCGAAGACCCGCUUCUUCAAAGAAGCCUUAAAGGGAGGUGCUCGCAUAACACCAUUCCAAAUCAAGUUUCUCGACUCGCUCGUCCGCCGCUUCGUCCUCGGUCUGCAUCGCCCUUAUUUUGUGAAAGCUAAGGAGAACCCUUAUUAUCAUUUCUCACGCAAGAUCUGCUUGGAGUCUUCCUUGGCUAUCAUUGCGCCAGCAACUGCGGCUGUCGGCGAAGACUGGACGCUCCUGACUUACCGCGCCGUUGGUUUUUUCAAGUCGCUUAUUCUAUAUGCUAUGUCAACAAUCUACUACGAACUGAACACGCAGAUCGAAGAGCAUCAGAACGCCCCGGCUCCAACAGCUCCCCUAAUCUCUGACUCAGAAGACCGGGUCUUCGUUCUGCCGCCACAAUCGCACACACUGUACGACGCUCUGGUAAUGGCCUACCAUACAUCGGUGCAGCGCAUACUGAAUGGCGAGACCAAUGCGAAAGGCGCUGUGUUCUUCGCGUGCGCCGUGGCUCGUGUCGAUGCAUUAGUUGCCGGCACAGAUCCUGAGGCUAUGGUUCUCCAAGCUGCGAAGCGAAGUAUUGGAGAGAUACGCGAGAUCAUGGCAGAGGUCUACCGACAGGAGCAUGGCGAGUCGAUUGAUCUGAGCGGCUCCGGAGUUGGGAACAAAGACCAUGGUCGAGGUGACGGCGCUGAUGAUGUCACGGGGCAGGGUGUAUCGACUGGCACCAGCGCAGAUCCUAACAUUAGUCUUAGAGGCGACAUGGGGAGGAGUGCAAGCUGUGGUGAGGGGGUUGACUUGGAUACGGGCUCAGACAUGCAAUCAUACUGGCCAAACGACAUGAUGGACUUCGACUCUCGGUUUCUGGAAGACCCAGAGUGGUUUUUUGAAACCAGCGGAUGGAUGGGCACAGGUAGCAACACGAUCUUUGGUGGCAUAUGAAAAUUUAUUGCACGUUCUUUCGAGCUGUUCUGCCACGAUCUGUGUUGAGUUUCGGAC